AUGUACGGAGGACACACCAGGGUCAGGGGUACUCUUCGGCAUAUCAAAGAAGUCAGAAUCAAGCUUGACAUACUAUGCAACACGGUCAAAGGCACUGCGCAUGCACUGGCAUCUCUCGAUCGCUCAUUUGCCGCAAUAUUCACUGGUGACAAUCCUUCGCUCACAUUUUCCUUCUGGAUUGCGAUUGGUCCGAGAUUAUUCGAAGGAAUCAGGAAGGUCGUCCCUAAUCCCCUGCAAUUGCUUGAAGAGAAAGGGAGGCUAAUUCUAGAGUUUGAUGAUAACCUGGACAAUUGGUAUCUGGAGCUGCUGAAGGACAGCAAAGAGUCAGAUGUAUCGGGGGACACAGACUCUGAACACGAGUCAGAGGACGAUGAAGAAUCGGAUACUACUCCACAGUAGCGUUGCGGACUCUCCCUGCGCGUCCUGACCACGUCACCAUCUACUAUCU